GCCAGCCCAUACGGAUAUCAAAGUCACCAACUCCCAACUCUGUCAUUCACAGCAAACCCUCACAAAAGAAUAAGAAAGUUGAAGUUUUAGGAUGCCAAUCAGUAAUAUGAGAUCAUUUACAAGAAACUUGAACAAGAUCUCUCAAAAUCGAGGCAUUCAUGGAGUCUCGUAUUCCCCACAAAAAUUACAAGGUAUUUCGUUCGCUGGUAGAGAAACAGCUAGUCCUACUGGAUCCUUAUCGGUUGUGAUUCGUGCUGGUAGUCGUUUUCAACCUGAUGCUGGUGUCGCUCACCUGUUGGAGAAGUUUGCCUUUAAAAACACUGAGGAUCGCUCCGCUUUGCGCAUCACUCGUGAAUCAGAAAUUUUAGGAGGUCAGCUUUCGACUCAAUUGACUCGCGAACACAUUAUAUUGACUGCACGUUUCUUAAAUGAGUAUUUGGAAUAUUAUGCUCGUUUACUUGCCGAAGUUGUCGAUGCUUCUCAAUAUCUUGGCUUCCAGCUAAAAGAAGAAGUUCUACCGACCGCAAAAUUGGAAAGCUCUUUAUGGAGGAGUAACCUCUUGAACGUGGCCAUGGCCAAACUCCACGAGAAGGCUUUCCAUCGAGGUCUUGGCGAUUUGCCCUAUCUCCCAGUGGGCGCUAACGCUUCUAUCUCGCAGAUUACUGAUUACGCUAAAGCUGCCUACGUGAAGUCCAAUUUUACCGUUGUUUCUUCCGGCCCUGAUGUCCAAAAGGCUGCUGAUUCAGUCGCAAAGUAUUUCUCGGUUAUCCGUGACGGAAACCCUCUUCCCGCUUCUCCUAGUAAGGUUGCAUCUGGAGAAUCUCGUAUCUACUCUAGCAAGCCUGUGAACCAUUUCUUGCUUGGCUUCCCUACCAACUCUGCUCCUUCUGCUGAGCUUUACGUUUUGUCCUCUAUCCUCGGUGGACACUCCUCUAUCAAGUGGUCUCACGGUAACACUUUGCUUGCUAAAGCCUCUGAAAAGGCUUCUGAAUUCAAAGCCACCGCUGCCGCUAACUUGCAUCCUUACUCCGAUGCUAGCCUUUUGUCCAUUGUUGUUUCCGGUACUUGCACUAAGGCUAUCAGGGCUACUGCUUCCGAAUCCGUUCAAGCAAUCAAGUCCUUAACUUCUUCUAUUCCUGCUGAAACUAUUAAGGCUGCUGUUGCCGAUGCUAAGACCAAGUAUCUUACCUCUUACGAACCCAGUGUCUUAAACCCUGUCUCUACCACUUCUCUCUUUGCCACAAAUUAUCAACCUGAGUCCUUCAUUUCUGCUUUAGAUGCUGUCACACCUGAAUCCGUCGCCAGGACUGCUUCUACUUUAUUAUCUCGUCCUGCUAGCACCGUCGCAGUUGGUAAGCUUAACCACUUGCCUUACUACGAUGAGCUUUAAAGUCAUCCUCAAUCUUUUUGUUCUUUUAGUAUUUAAAUUGAACAGCAUUCUGAUAUAGCUCAAACAGUACCUGAUAAUUUUUUCAAAUUCCAAGUCUUAUUAUUUGAACCAGAAUAUUCGACGAGUCUCGGAAUUACUUUCUUUUACAGCAUUGCUGUGUUAUGGUUUUUUCCAUCAAAGGUAUUCAAUAAAACACGAUUGUUUCAUUAGGAAAUUUCUAUAUCAGCUUGACUACGAAUCCAUGAAAUAAAUCUAUUUACCAUUAAGCCCAAAUUCAGCGUAAAAAGAAAGAAAAGCAAAAAGUGAUUCGCUUUAUAUCAAUUAGUUCUCUAGCUCCAUUAAAAGAAAGAUCAUGUGUACCAUCUUUAGACG